AUGGGCCUUAAACUCAUGUUUAUGCUGCUCUUUGCAGCCAAUCUAGCAGUUUUGGGGCUUUUUGGAGAUGAUGGAGAAAGUAUUUCAAACAGGUGGACCCGGCAGACCCUGCCAAGGCUGCUGGUUAAACACAAAGCCUCUCUGGACAACAGUUUGUUCAGGGGACAGAGAGGGGAAAAAGUGGAAGCAAGAAACAGUACACUCUGUGGAAUAGAGUGCCAGGGCAGUCUGUCAUCGGUCAACAAGACUGAACAACAGAGGAUCCUUGGAUAUGAAACGUUGUAUAAUAAUAAUGGCACACGAGUGCAUACAGAUGUAAGCUUGCAUUGGAUGAACGAGGCCCCAGGAGGGGCUACUUCAAGAACAGACCUUCAUAUUCGCAGGAAACGACAAGUUUAUGGGGGAGACGGACGGUUUGUAAUCUCAGAUCCAAACUUUAUCACUAACUACCCAUUCUCCACGGCAGUACGCAUUUCCACUGGUUGCUCUGGAGUUCUUGUUUCUCCCAAACAUGUGUUAACAGCAGCACACUGUAUCCAUGAUGGCAGGGACUACUUGCAGAGUACCAGGAGCCUUAGAGUUGGGUUG